GCAGUCUACGUACUUCCCGGAAGUGUAGCGGACACAGGCCCCACCGACUCAACACAACUGCAUACACAAGCGUUUACUAAUAAUACAGCUCGGGUUGUGUAUGUCUUCCAUGGAGUACUACCGCUAACACACAUGGAGUGUCAAGAGGAAAAGCCCAUCAUCUAUACUAUGGAAAACAAGCCGAUUGUGACAUGUGCUGGAGACCAGGGCUUGUUUACGUCUCUCUAUACCUCAUUGGCCCAACAACUUCCCAGGGAGCCAAUGGAGUGGAGGAGGACGUACGGCCGGGCACCAAAAAUGAUCCACCUUGAAGCUAACUUCGUCCAGUUUAAAGAGGAGCUCCUCCCCAAGGAGGGCAACAAGGCUCUGCUCACCUUCCCCUUCCUCCACAUCUAUUGGACUGACUGCUGUGACACGGAGGCGUAUAAGAGCACGGUGAAGGAGGACAUGACGCGCUGGCAGAACAGCUUGCGGGUUCAUGGCUCCGCGGACUGGGUCAUCAUCGUCGUGGAGACCAACGACACCAAGAAGAAGAACAAGACCAACAUCCUGCCACGGUCAUCCAUCGUGGACAAAAUCCGCAGCGAUUUUUGCAACAAGCAGAACGACAGGUGUGUGGUGCUGUCAGAUCCUCUGAAGGACUCGUCUCGGUCUCAGGAAUCCUGGAAUUCCCUGCUGCUCAAGCUGCGGACCCUCCUCCUCAUGUCCUUCACCAAGAACCUGGGGCGCUUUGAAGACGACAUGCGCACGCUCCGAGAGAAACGCACCCAGCCCGGCUGGAGCUUCUGUGAAUACUUCAUGGUCCAGGAGGAGCUGGCCUUUGUUUUCGAGAUGCUGCAGCAGUUUGAAGAUGCCUUGGUCCAGUACGAUGAGCUAGACGCUCUCUUUACCCAAUAUGUCCUUAACUUUGGAGCUGGAGAUACAGCCAACUGGCUCGGAUCGUUCUGCGCCCCGGUGCGCAGCUGGAGCGGCUUGCUGCUUCGGCGGCCCAUCGACAUGGAGAAGAGGGACGGGAUCCAGCGAGGAGAGGCCAGCCUCUUAGAUCUACGGAGCUACCUGUUCUCCCGCCAGUGCACCUUACUCAUCUUCCUCCUGAGGCCCUGGGAGGUCACCCAGAGGGCCCUGGAGCUGCUGCACAACUGUGUGCAGGAGUUACGCCUGCUGGAGGUGUCGGUGCUGGAGGGGGCGCUUGACUGCUGGGUGUUCCUCAGCUGCUUGGAGGUUCUGCACAGGAUCGAGGGCUGUUGUGAUCAGGCCCAGUUAGCUGCAAACUGCUCCCAUACUGUCGGGCUGUGGGCUUACGCAACUGACAAGCUGAAGUCCCUGGGGGAACUCUGUGGCCUGGUGUCAGAGAAGGGACCCACAUCUGAGGACCUGAACAGGACUGUGGACCUGCUGGCCGGACUGGGGGACGAGAGGCCAGAGACGGUCAGCAGUUUGCAGAGCCCUUACAAAAAGCUGAAGGAAGCCUUGUCGUCUGUGGAAGCUUUUGAAAGACACUAUCUGGAACUCUCUCAUGCUGCCAUGGAGAUGUACAGAGCCAUCGGCCGGCUGAGGUCUGCCAGACUGGUGGGGAAAAGCCUUGCCGAGUUUUACAUGAGGAAAGGGGACCCCGAGCGGGCAGAAACCUUCUUACAGGAAGCUCUGAAGUCGUACACAUCAGAGGGAUGGAGGCUCCCUGUCACUCACACCAGGAAACAGAUAGCCGAGUGUCAGAAACUGCUGGGCAGAACUGAAGACUACUUGCAAACCAGUGCCUUGUUGGCUGGUGAUGUGAAUCUGACAACAGAGGAGAGGAAGCACUUUUGUCAAGAAAUACUGACCUUCGCCGGCAAGUCUGAAGAUCAGUCCCCCAAAGUGACCCUCAGCAUGGGCGUUUUCUCUCAGCUCACACGGCUACAGUUCCGUCCGGCCACAGCGUCGGUGCACUCCGGUGCCGUCCUGCAGGCGGAGCUCACCCUGCGGUGUCUGAUGCCCGUGUCGGUGCACAUACAGCAGCUGGCUGUCAGCAUUCACUUUGACCUGGAGCGUGCGGGGACCAACGGCAGGUCCAAGGGUGCUCCGAGACAAACAAACCCGGGGACGGUGGAGUUCAGCCAGGCCAACUCGUCGGCGGGUCCCACAUCCUCCUCAGCGGCCGGUCCCCCUUUAGAGCUGGACGAGAUUCAGGACAGGAGUCCUUCGGACAAUUCACUCAACUCCACGGGAGUGGUGUGCAAAAACACUCACCUGGUCAUGCGUCGCCACGACAGCAACUCACCGCCGGACACGCCCAACUGCGUCAGUCCCCCUGCCAUGACCGUGAAGGAGGGAGCACAGAUGCUGAAAGUGCAGGAUGUAACGUUAGAGCCGGGGAAUAACAGCAUCGUAUUCACAGCACUGAGUGGACAACCGGGCACUUACACGUUGCGUCAGCUGUACGCCACCGUGGGUCAGGUGCAGUUCGUGCUGCCUCAUAUCUAUCCAUCGGUCCAGUAUGAAGUCUAUUCUCAGGAGCCCCAGCUCACUGUGGAGCCUCUCUCAGAGCCCCUGUUGGCCGGCCUGCCCCAGAUGGUGAAGUUCACUCUGCUGACGGGUCACUACGCUGUGAAGAAAGGAGACGCUCUGCAGCUCAGCAACACCGACACCAUGCCCAUCCUGCCCUCCGCCAGCUGCACCGCCCGCAUCACCAGCCCCGCAGCUGAGUUGGUUGGUGAAAGCGUCCUGUCCAUCCAGUCGUCUGAGAAGGUGACCAGCAUCAGCCUGCCCGCCACGCCUCCUUACCACACUCUGGAGUUCCACCUGGAGGUCCUGUGCAUCAUCCCACACAGUCCCGACCGGCCCGCCAACGAGAGGCUGACCAACGGGGAGGUCCGCCACCGACCGCGCAGCUACAGUCACCCUGACACGCCCAUGACCGCCAUCGACCAGAGGAUGUCCAUCGACUGUCCCUGGUCCAUCUACUCCACGCUGCUUGCCCUCACCUUCUACAUCCCCUUCAAGACCAAACACUCUCUGCUUUCUGCUGGUAACAGGAAGUACAUCCAGGUGUGUCUGCAGAACAUGUCGGAUGUGAACUUCAUGCUGGCCGAAGUGAAGCUGACAGAGAAGCAGGAUGCAUCGCUCGAGCUGCAGUCCUUCAACACUAAAACACAACAGCUUUUGUGCAGCAAACACAGCUUGUUCUGCUUGUGGGAGGUGAGGUGGAAGGACGACCUGCCCUCCUGCCUCCAGUGCGUUUUCUCCGCCAACUUCUCUCCACCCAAGCAAGACAUCUCCGCCUUCAAACCCUUCCACUACCAGUUCCAGCUGGAGAGAGUCACCACGUUGUACAGCGUGCGAGCUGAGAUCUUGCCUCCUGCCGGCGAGCAGAACUGCCGCUCCGGUUUCCUCUGCGGUCUGGAGGUGUGCAUAACACGACUGACCGAACCUGCAGAGGGAGAGGCAGCAGAGGACAGCAAGACCGACACCGACGGCCUCAAAACCACAAAGCUCAUGUAUGAAGUGGCCGACAGCAGCAGUAACUGGGCGGUGUGUGGGAAGAGUUCGGGGAUGGUGUCGAUGCCCAUGGCGGCAGACGCCACCCACAAGGUGCAGAUCGAGGUGAUGCCUCUGUUCGCCGGACACCUGCCCUUCCCCAAGAUCAAGGUGCUGAAGUACCUGCCUCACACCGCGGCAGUGGCCAUUCAACCCGACCCCGACAGCUGCGUGGAGAACGACAGCCUGUCCCUGUUGGACAAGGCGCUGGACGACCAGGGGGACACGGCGAGCAUCCGCAGCCGGGGCAGCGUGCACUCGGUGGGCAGCGGCGACCAGCAGCAGCAGAAGGGCGUGGCCAUGCCGCGCCUGGAGCCCUUCGCCGCCGGGCAGGUGUUCAACCACAGCCACACGCAGCAGGUGCUGGUGCUGCCCGCCACCGACGACCACAUCAUGGAGGUCAAUGCCACAUGACCCCCUGCGGCAAGAGCGCCCGCCCCCUUCCCAUAGAACCGAACCCCAGGCCCUGGGUGGACUCUGCUGAGCUUUUGCCCCGGGGCAGAUCGGAUCCAUGAGUCCAUGUCGAGGAACCGCCGCCGGUUGCCGGCAUGGACUCCUCCCCCUAAGCAUGAAACAUUCACAUCACUGGAGACAUUACAGACUGGACGCAGUGAGGAGCCAAUGAUAUCUGCUGAAAACAUUUAAAUAAAGAGUAUCUUUCUUUGCCAUACUUUGUACAUAGCUCAUUGGAUGGAUUUAUAGUUAUAAAUAAAUAAAUAAAUAUAUAUAUAUAUAUAUAUAUAAAUAUAUAUAUGGACUGAUCAAUCAGAUAGGGCGCCUGUCGUGCUCCUUCAAACUGAAGAAUAAUCCUGAUUGUCCCAUGAUGCACCAAAGCCCUAGAUGUGUGUAUGACCUCGCUCAGCUACUCAAGUACUGUAACUCUGACUGGAGUGUGUUCAGAUGAAAGUGCUGUUCUCCUUUGCCUCUCAAGUAGUCACCGUUUUUUUACAUUUGAGACUUUUUCACUUCUACGAUCACAUUUGAGUAAAAAAAACCCAAAAAAACAGUACAGUUUAAUGCACCUUUGCAGACCGAUCCAUAAUCCUCAUCGACUCUUCAGGGCUGCAGAUACAAAGCAUAAAAUGUUUCCUCCGGUGUUUGUUGAAGUGGAAUAUUAAAUCUGGGAUCAUGCUACGUAAUAUUAAGUUAAGUUACCUCUAGCAUCAUUUAGUAUUUUCUUUACAUUUUCUGAAUGGAUACACAUUUUUAACUACUUUAACAUUUUAAGUUAUUUUGGUGCUUGUUGGUCCAUUUAUCAAAUACAAGAUGGAUUUGUGUUUCUCAUUGAUGAAUGGAGCCUCAGUCAAUAAUAACGACUUUUCAGGCUGAAUUCAAUUUUUUUUUUUUUUUUUUACCAAAAAAGACAAAUCAAAUAAUUAGUUAAUUUUAGUUUUUUUUAUUUAGAUAACGCAUUGGAACAUCUAAAGAACGUAAGCUCCCCUUUCACAGUAGAGUUUUAGUGAAAAAUGAUGUAAACUGUACAUGACUAUACUGUAUCAGUUUAAUCACAAGCUUACAGCAAAGAGAAAUCAUUUUUGUAUGGCAGGGUAGAAAAGUCUUUGGUGAUUAUGGAUAUAUCUCCAAAAAUUCAAUAAGAUUCAUUGAAUAACUUUAUUUAUUUCAAACAGUCAGUGACGUAUUUCCUCUGACUGAAAUGCAAACAUUCUGAAAUGUAAAAACCACGGAUGACCUGAGAGCUUCAGACUGAGUCUAGCGGCGUGUGUGUUGUGUGUAUCUCUUCAGCUGUAGAUGUGUGUAUGUGUGUUUGUGUGUGUGGGAUCAGCCAGUGCACAUUACUGUCUAUCUAUUGUCUUACACUUAUCAGUGAUAUUCAUAUACAGUGUGUGUAUAUUUAUUCUGUGUGUGUGUGUGCGUUGUGUCCGAGCUCUGGGUGCUGAUUGGAUGAAUGACAUGAGUCAUCAUUGGAUUUAUUCGUUCAUUUCUUUGAGAAGAUGAGUGUCCCCUACUCCUGCCCCCCCCC